AUGGGUUCAAAGAAACGUUCCAAAAAGAUACCACUGACUGUUGAUAGAAGACCUGAUGUUCACUUCAAAAGCUCAUCCACCGAAACAGCUCGGCUGAUUAGACGAUUCCAUGUUCUCAAUAAGGAACUUGCAAAACUGAAAGGGGAGACUAACAGCUCCCAAACCGGAAAAAGAAGACAAUCGAUUCUCAGCGAGAUGGAAUCGAUGGGAGGAUUAGACUGGUACCAGCGCGCCUCUAAACUUGGGCAGAGCAAAGCGAGAGGAGGCGAUUCUUCAAAAUGGCUGAUGGGAGUUCUACAACGUGAAUCUAUACCUGAGCGAUACAAGGAUCAACCUAUGCAACUUCUCGAUGUUGGCGCACUCUCACCGUUCAACUAUGAAAAGUACAAAUGGAUCAAAACCACGCCAAUCGAUCUCAAUCCUCAACAUCAUCUCAUCCAACAACAGGACUUUUUGCAAAUGCCGCCACCAGAAAAGGAAGACGAGCGCUACGAUAUCGUUUGCUUGAGUUUAGUGGUUAAUUUUGUUGGCGAUCCAGUCGACAGAGGAACUAUGCUAUUGCACACGCGCGCCUUCUUUCCUUCCAGUCCAACGAAUCCACGGCUCCUGUAUUUUGUCGUACCAUUACCAUGCAUCACAAACUCUCGAUACUUCACACACGACCAUCUGCUGGCCAUGAUGGACUCCAUUGGCUAUACAAAAUGUAUCGACUAUCAUCAUAGCAAUAAGCUAGGCUACUAUCUAUUUGAGCUCAGUUCCAUUGUUUCCGAGACACCCAGCUGGAAAAAAAAGCUUUUGAAAGAUGCGAAAGGAUGUAACAAUUUUUCCAUCGUCAUGUCAACAAGCGACUAA